AUGGGUCGCAGCGGCCGCGGACGGGUUGCCACGAAGGAAAGCCGCGCAGAGGAAGAAGGAGCUCAAGACGCCUUGAGGGAGGUGCCCACUCCGCUUCGUGGCGGUCGGGCCACCGUGAAGACUCCGGUAAACGCACUGGAGGAGGUCAUGCGACGAAGAGGCGUCGAUGAGGCUUGGGAUGCCUUGGAGCAGAUGCAUGCAGACGGAAAGACAACGGACAAGUACACGGUUUCCAGAAUGCUGAUGAAGACCGUGGGUGACGGGCAAGCUCACCUCGACCCAACAAGAGCCUACAGGGGAAUCGCUUUGGUUGAGCGAUUCAUCGAGAUGCAACCGGAGGAUGUGGACGAGGUCUUGUUCAAUGCCCUCCUGGACACUUGCUGCCGCCUCAAGGACCUCAAACGGCUCGAGAGCUGUGUCAGCUGGAUGCGGCAGCUGAGAGUAAAGCCAUCGCCUAUCACACUAGGCAUUCUGGUGAAAACUUAUGGCCAAGCUGGUGACUUGGAGAAGGUCUUGGCGGCCUGGGACGAAAUGGAGGAGCAGAGAGGAUUGGCCAACUCAGUGACAUACGGCUGCAUGCUGGACGCGUGCGUCAAGUGUGGGAACCUCCAGAAGGCCGUGGAGGUAUUCCGAGGAAUGCGUGCCACGGGCAAGCAUCGCAACACUAUCCUCUACACCACUAUGAUCAAAGGCUAUGGCUUACACAAGGAGCUGGAGAAUGCGCUGGAGCUUUUCCAUGAAAUGCGAGAGGAAGGUGUCCCUUACAACACCAUCACGUACAACUCCAUCCUGGAAGCCUGUGUGAAAUGCGGAGACAUUGUGUCCGCAGAGAACAUUCUCGAGCAGAUGGUGCAGACGGAGAUGGAAAUCGUUCCAGACUUGAUCAGCUACUCGACGGUCCUGAAAGGCUACUGCCAGAAUGGAGAGCUGCUGAAGGCGCUUUGCAUGUUCGAUGACAUGAAAGAGCGACGCCUUCGCUGCGACGAGCUCGUGUACAAUACGCUCAUGGAAGGCUGUGUGAAGGCAGACGACUGGAAAGCAGGCUGCGGCCUCUUCGCAGAGAUGGUGUCCUGUGGACUCCGACCAUCUGCGAUCACAGCCAGCAUCCUCUCGAGGCUUUUCCAGCGAGUCGGCCAUGAAGAUGCAGAUGACAGGGUGACGGAUCUCUUCGCCGCGGUUGGCCUGGAAAAGCCGCAGCCAGCGGAGCGGCCUCGUGCCUCUCGCCGCGGGCAGCGCUCGCCCGCUGCUUCUCCGGUGGAGGCAUCUCCGUCAGUCACCGAUGGCCUGCCACACCUGGUGUCGCAGAGCGAGAUGUCUGAGGCCCCAUUGAGGCAGCUGCGGGGCCAUCUUUCCAACGGCAGCAUGUGCAGUGUGCCUCCUUCGCCUAUGUCGCCGCCUCACGCAAUGGGCUCACCCGCACUUCACGGCCACAUGCGGCAAGGACAGUUUCCCGCAGUGCAUCACUCGCCUCUGCGGCCGCACGGCGAUGCUUCGGAUCAGGUCAAGCAUAGCCGCGUGCCCUCACUCGCAUCCAUGCUGCCACCCGUCGAAAACCGCUACCAGGAGAAGGCAUCCUUCUCUCAGGCAGGCGCCGGUGGCCUCGCUCAACCUUUGCCAAUGGAUGGCAGUUUCCAUGAGGCUUGCGGCUCGCACGCAGGACAAGUGCCCAUACAGUUUUCUCCCGCAUUGAAGGGGACCUCGGGAACCAGCGCGCAGCCUUCGUUGGCUUCUCUGUUGCGGCAGCCAGAGGAGGUGUAUGACCAGCAGGGGCAUCGCCACACUCAUGGUCGAACCCCGUCCCUUGCGACGCUGCUGGCUCCGCUGGACGGGCUAGCCGAGGGGGCCUGCCAAAAGAGUGAUCGCUUCAGUGACCAGGCUCCUCAGCCGUCGCCUGGUGCUACGAUGCCGAGCCCAGUCGGACUGCUUGGGGCGGCGGACGGCAAGCACGACCAGGACAUGAGGCAGGCUUAUGGGCACGCCGUCCCCACCCUCGCCGCGAUGCUUUCCCCCAUGGAGGCAUCUCGUGACCAGGCCCUGCCGACGCCAACGCGAACCAACAUGUCCCCGGAUGGCCAACCGGCACCGGGACAAAUGCCUUUGUCGCCGGCAUCAAUGCUUCUGUCAGCAGAAGCAGCGGGGGAUCAGGCGGGGGACCUUCUCUGCAAAUGUCUGACCAGGGUGCGUCGCCUGUCCAGCUUUUCGGGGUACAUCCACACGAGGAGCAAAUGCCCAGACCUCGAGGAUGAGUCGAGAGCGUUCCUGGAGCCGAAGCGACACCUGCCCGCUGUCGUCGGCGCAGCGAGGACCACGGCGGCCAAGAGGCUCAGCGUGAUGAAAACACGUGCCCUGCCCGCGUACCAACGCCAGCAGCUAAGAAUAGCUGGACCUGAAGCAGAGCCACCUCUGACAGAGAGGGCAAAGGCUCCGGUGGAGGACCGUCUUCGUGCGACCGGCGUUCAGUUCGAGUUGGCAUAUACUGGAGAUUGGUUGGAAGUGUUUGACAAGAAGCUGGAGCAGGCCCUAGGUGACAUAGAGGAUGCCGACAUCCCACAGGAAGAGCUGGUGGGCUUCAGCCUGUCCAUUACGGACGCCCACGGAUCCGUGCUGGUCUACCUAGACAGUGCGGAACUGGAAACGUCUGGCCUGCCGACGCAAGAGCUUUUUUCAGGAUGCCAAGCUGGCGUGUCUGCGCACUUCCCCUUGCGAGUGCGCUUCGGGCCCUCUUCCUCGGGGCAAGAUGCCGGGGGCCUCGUUUCUGCCGCCCCAGAGGGGCCGAAGACGGAGCUCCCCAUCAGCCCUGCUGUUCUUCUGGAGCAGUUUCGGCGGAAUCUGUGCCGGAAGCCGCUGCGACUCGGCGGCCCAGUGAGUCUGGCCAGGGUGGAGGAGCUGUGUGAAAUCCUGGCAAUCGGAGAAGGGAGCCCUUCGGAGGAGCAUCCUGGCGUGAUGAACAACGGCUUUUCGAUUAAUUUUGUCCCUGUGCUGCUGCAGGCACAAGCCUCGACCGAGUAA